GCAUGGCGGAGGAACAGCCACCCUAGAUGUGUCCUCUGACUCGAGGCGUAGCCUGGCAGAGGCUGCUUCAAGCGCCCUGCAAGCUCGUACGUCGUCGUGAUCGUGAGUUGGAACAUACCGCUGAUAGUUCAGAAGGCAACAUCGCAUUGGUAAGCGGUGUUCCAAGCGACACGUCAAACGAUGAGAUUGCUCGUCGUCGCCUUGACUCGAAAAACAAGUACAACCAAUUCACAGCAGCGUCAGAACUGCGACGGCAAACCGUUGGGUAUGUGGCGAGUCGCACUACAACCAUGGACGAAAGCCUUCGCAAGAUCGAGGAUGAGACAGAACGUCAGACGAUCACGCGGGCUAAAGCAACGAUGAUCAAGGACCACAAGACGGAGAUCGACGGGGCCAAGAAGGAUAUCGAAGUGCAGCGCCAGUGGGACGAGUACUUUGCGCUGGAGAGGGACAAGGAGCCAGGUGAAGCUGCCGAAGCCUCCACUGCUUCUGCGUCACAACCAGACAGUAGGGUGUAGGCACAACGGCACGUCGUCACCGCGCAACCUUCCGGCGGAAGCUCAGCGUGGUAUCCGGUCAGUCUGUAGCGCUUGAUCGGAGACGAGCUCUGCGAGGAUGGUGACUCGUCGUUCACAGGGUACAUGAAUGCGAAAGCACAAUGCGGCUCCGCCGCAAAAGAGAUCUUGAAAUGGGGCAGCCAGCGUAAGGGAGUUUCCCGUGAC